GAGACACCGAGAGAGGAUUACAUUCAAAGCAAAGCCAGGAUGUCUGCCGGGGGAAAGAGCUACAGAGAGAAGAUGGCUUCAGUAUCAGAGGAGGAUCUCUCCUGUCCAAUCUGUCAGGACAUCUUUAAAGAUCCUGUCGUCCUGUCAUGCAGCCACAGCUUCUGUAGAGACUGUCUGCAGAGCUGGUGGAGAGAGAAGAAGCAGUGUCCAGUUUGCAAGGAACGACCUAUAAUGAGCGAUCCGCCUCGUAACUUGGUGUUAAAGAACCUGUGUGAGAGCUUCGUACUGAAGAGAGACCAGAGAGCUUCAGCAGAGUCCGAGUCUCUCUGCAGUCUGCACGGUGAGAAACUCAAACUCUUCUGUCUGGACCAUCAGCAGCCGGUGUGUCUCGUCUGCAGAGACUCAAAGACACACAACAGCCACAGAUUCAGACCCAUCGAUGAAGCUGCACAGGAUCUUAAAGAAGAGCUGCAGAAGUCCCUGAAGCCCCUGAAAGAGAAACUGAGGGUCUUCGAACAAGUUAAAGAAAACUGCGAUCAAACAGCAAAACACAUCAAGUCUCAGGCCCGACACACAGAGAGUCAGAUUAAAGAGCUGUUCAAGAAGCUUCACUGGUUCCUCCAAGAGGAAGAGGAGGCCAGGAUCUCUGCUCUGAGGGAGGAAGAGGAGCAGAAGAGUAAGAUGAUGAAGAAGAAGACUAAGGCUCUGAACAGAGACAUUGAAGCUCUCUCAGAAAUGAUCAGAACCACAGAGGAGGAGCUGAGAGCUGAAGACGUCUCAUUCCUGCAGAACUACAAGGCUGCAGUGAAGAGAGUCCAGCAGCGCCCCCUGCUGGAGGAUCCACAGCUGGACUCAGGAGCUCUGAUAGACGAGGCCAAACACCUGGGCAACCUGAGCUACAACAUCUGGAACAAGAUGAAGGAGACGGUCUCCUACACUCCUGUGGUUCUGGAUCCAAACUCUGCUCAUCCAGAACUCCUCCUGUCUGCAGAUCUGACCGGUGUGAGACGUGGAAGGAUGCAGGCCCGUCCUGGAAGCCCACAGAGGUUUGAAUCUUUCCUCGCCGUCCUCGGCUCCGAGGGCUUUGACUCCGGGACUCACAGCUGGGACGUGGAGGUCGGAGACAGUCCGGUCUGGGCCGUGGGAAUGUUAGCGGACGCUGCCCGGAGAAACGUUGAGACGCUCCCUGGAUUAUUCAGAAUCGUGCUCUGCGACGGUGAGUACACGGCAGACUCGGAUCCAGAUCGGCCCCCCGCCCUCCACGUGAAGAAGAAGCUCCGGAGGAUCAGAGUGCAGCUGGACUGGAACGGGAGAAAGCUGUCGUUCUCCGAUCCUGACACCGACACACACAUACACACCUUCACACACACCUUCACUGACAGGAUGUUCCCGUACUUCAACACUGUCACAUCACACCCGCUGACGAUACUGCAGAACCCUCUCUCUGUAACAGUAAACCAGCCAUGAUGUCAGCGAUGACGUACGUGUCAUCCUGAUGUUUAUGGUUCUGGUUUUUUGAGUUUUCACAGUGUUGGACUGCUUUCAAAGUGAAGAAGUACUUUCUAGGCCGGUCCACGUCCACACUGACACGCUCUCACAGAACCCUGGACGUGAUCUUAAUCUAAAAAAAUGCUGUUGGUCCCGUUGAACCAGUCACCACACUUUUGAUUUUAACAACCAGCAGGAAGUCACAGUCUUUAUUCACCUAAAUUAGUCUGAAUGUGCACUGAAAUAAUUUGGUUUUGGGGUCUUUAUUUCAUAGUUGUGUCAUGUUUUAUCAGUUAUAGAUACAUUUUUCUCUUAGGCCAAAUGUUUUCAACUACAGAUAUCGGCUAUAUGUAGAUCUAAUCAACCUUUUAUGAAGGACAGAUUGAGUAAUAACUUCAACAUGUUUCCUCUCGUCUCUUACAAGUGUUGAUGUGAAACGAAGAGCUUUGCUGAACCUCCCUGACUGUGAACAUCACUCUACAUUUAAUGCUUUGUGUGUUUUUAUUUUGCAUGUUUUGUUCCAACAUCGUAACAUUUGUGCAGUGAAUUUUCUAUCCAAACAGCACAACAUGUGCUACUGGAUACAAAACUAAUAAAGCCUU